UUUCUGAUUUCAAAACACAAGAACCUUUUUCCUACCCGGUAUCUCUUUUAAAACAUCACUUUUCUAACCAACAAACUCACUUCCUUCUUCUUCUUCAUUCAUUUCUCUUCAUAGGCUAAAACAACCAAUCAUGUCUAAUAUGGUUGAGGUUAGAGUUCCAAAUCUUGAUUGUGAAGGAUGUGCUUCAAAACUAAAGAAAGCUCUCUUCAAACUCAAAGGAGUAGAUGAUGUGGAAGUUGAAAUGGAGGCACAAAAGGUAACAGUGAGAGGAUAUGGUUUAGAAGAGAAAAAAGUAUUGAAAGCAAUAAAGCGUACUGGAAAAACAGCAGAGCCGUGGCCAUUUCUUCCAGGACAUGCACAUUUUGCUUCAUUUUACAAGUAUCCAAGUUACAUUGUUAAUCAUUAUUACAAUGAUGCAUACAAGAGUGAAGCAAGUAAUGGAGUUCAUACUUUUUUUCAUACCCCUUCUGUUUAUUCAGUUGCUCUUGGUUCUGAUGAGGUUUUUGCUUCAAUGUUUAGUGAUGAUAACCCUCAUGCUUGUACUAUAAUGUAACCAAGGUUCUUGUGAAUUUGUUUUUUUUCUUAAUUGAAGAUGAAGAGGUUAAUAUUGAGUGAGGCAUGUUUUUACACUUUGAAGGAAUCAUCAAGUGUGGUGUAUUUUAAAUUAUCUAUUCGUUGAUGGUUCAAUUAUUUUGGAUGAUUUUUAUUUAAUGUGUAGCAAAAA